GUAGAAGGGGGCGGGGUCCAUAAAAGUUACACCCCCUUGCAGUUGAGAGUUUCUGUUUAUAUUUUUCAUUUUUGCAUAUGAAAAUUUAUCAAUUCACAUAAUAUACUAAGAACGGGAAAAUUAAGUGAAAAUUCUUCAUUUCAACAAAAUGAGUCUUGAAAUUAAGAAAUACAAACGGAAGUAUGAGAAGACAAAAAAGUUUGUCAAGUCGUUGGUGUUUGAAAAUGCCGCACUUUGUGAUGAAAUAUCAGACUUACAAGAGAAAUACAUGGUCAUCAAUGAGGAAAACAAAUUUUUGUACAGCAAACUCGAAUCAUUUAACUCUUUAAAUGUAGCUGAUGGAAGUAGAGCAGCCAGCAACCCAAAAACAACUCCAGUGCCCAAAAAUCUCCCUGCACCUGCUGCUAGUAGCGCCCAGAAGAAAACUCCUGCACAAAAAAGAUCAAGGACUAGCUCUUCUGCAGCCAGUCCUGUCGUCCCAGAAGUCCAAGCCAAAAAAGGAGGAAGAAAGUCUGCAACCGCGAGAGGAAAGGUGGUGAAAAAAUUGGUACACCCCAUACAACUUGACGGUACCGGCCGACCAAUUUUCCCCAUCGACGUUGGAAACCUGUCUGUCUACAGCUUAGGCGAUGUCAUCACUGACAGAAGCGGGUACCACACUGAGGAAAUGAUCUUCCCAGUUGGAUUUUGCUCUUGCAGAGUUUACGGGAGCAUCCUCAAUCCAGAGCAGCAGUGCAUUUACACAUGCAAAAUUUUAGACAAUGGACCCUAUCCAAUAUUUGAGAUAGCUGCGGACAACAUCCUGGCUAACCCUAUUGUCGGAAGCUCACCGAGCGAUUGUUUGGCAACCCUUCAGAGCCGAAUUAACAAAGCUGUUGGUGUAGAAGUGGUCAAGGCUGACGGGCUCAAAGGACCAGAGUUCUUUGGAAUCACAGUGCCCACCAUUCAGAAUCUCAUCCAAAGUUCAGGCACCAGAAAACUGCCUGGAUACCGCAUCUUGAAGUUCGAAGUUUGCAAGACUGGAAAUGUGGAAGACCCGUCAUUAAAUGACGCAAGUUUGAACUUUGAUGCUCUUCAAAGGAGCAUUGCAUUUUCCAAAACUCAACUGGCCAGCAUCAAUUUUGACUCGCACAGUCCAGUUAUCAGGGAUUUUUUCAUGGGCAUAUAAAAUCGUCGUCAAAUCUUUUAAUCACUUAUAAUAGAAAAUUUAUUUGAUCAUCUUGACGUUUUGAUUAGAUUAGUUUCCAUUUAAUGAGAAUAUUAAAUGAGUUUUUAAUACAAAACAUAA